CCAACCGGUUCGAUCCCAAGAUGCGCUUCACCCUCGCCACCGUUGUUGCCGCCCUGCCCUACCUCGUCUCCGCGACCAUCGUCCCGGAGCAGCACGGCCAGUCGCGCUCCAUCUCCCUCGGCAAGCGCUCGAACCUCCGCGGCGAGGACGGCGUCGUGAACGCGGACAACCUCCGUGCUCACCUCAAGAGCACCGUCGGCAAAAUCCAGCGUGGCGCCGCCGCUUUCGAGCGCAACACCGGCGCUCGCCACCCCGCCGCCUCGGCGUCCACCCCGGCCAAGCGUGACGUCGCCUCGGACAAGCUCACCGACGACUCGGAGGAGCUCUGGUACGGCAAGAUCUCCGUCGGCACCCCCGCGGUCACCUACACCGUCGACUUCGACACCGGUAGCAGCGACCUCUUCCUGCCCGGCGCCAACUGCGGCAGCACCUGCUCCGGCCACACCAAGUACAAGCACACCGCCAGCAGCACCUCCAAGGCGCUCGGCAAGUCCUUCAGCCUCGCCUACGGCGACGGCUCGACCGUCAAGGGCAAGCAGUACACCGACACCGUCAAGAUCGCCGGCCUCACCGCCAAGAAACAAACCCUCGGCUCCGCCUCGCAGUACUCGAGCGGCUUCGAGUCGUCCAACUUCCCCGCGGACGGCCUGAUGGGCAUGGGCUUCAAGUCCAUCUCCGAGUACAACGCCGACCCCGUCUUCCAGACGCUCGUCAAGGACGGCGAGACGACCGACGGCGUGUUCGCGUUCAAGCUCUCCGACUCGGGCGCGGAGCUCACCCUCGGCGGCCUGAACGACGACCUCUACUCGGGCAAGAUCACCUACGUCGACGUCACCCAGGAGGGCUACUGGCAGGUCGACGUGGACGCCGUCAACGUCGAGAGCGACAAGGUGCUCGGCUCGACGAGCGCCAUCAUCGACUCGGGCACGACCCUCGUCGUCGCCACCACCUCGGACGCCAAGAAGUUCUACGACGCCAUCGACGGCGCCGAGGAAGCGACCGACAUCGGCGACGGCUACUACACCGUCCCCUGCGACUCCAUCCCCGACGUCAGCCUCACCUUCGGCGGCAAGGAGUUCAAGAUCUCCUCCGACACCUUCAACCUCGGCCAGGAGUCCUCGGGCUCGUCCAAGUGCGUCGGCGGCAUCGUCGGCGAGGACACCGGGCUCGACUUUUGGAUCGUCGGCGACGUGUUCAUGCGCAACGUCUACACCGUGUUCGACGUCGACAACAGCCGCGUCGGUUUUGCGGAGCUGGCUUAAAGAGUUUUUUUUGAUCCAUCAUCGUAACUCCGUCGGCCGAUCCUCCCCCACCUACCCUGCAUCCCCUCACGGACAUUCGUCACCGCAUACCCCACUCACGUCAAUGUAUCUUUAUCGCCUUGCUUUUCU